CUCCAGAUGAAUCCUGUGCCUUCAUACAUCAGCUGUGGGAGAUUUUACUCACAGGGUUCGCUUCAGAGCUCAAUUCACACAGGUACUCGUGAGCACUUAUACUUCACGCGCACCUGGCGGCGUAUCUGAAGCUCAGCCUACAGGGCGUGGAAAAGCCCUGGAAUUGUUUUCGACGCUAGUUUCCCAACAUCGCCCAUACUUCAUCGGAUUCUCUAAGAAAGUGUACUUGCCUCCCUGGCUUUUCCCAAGGAAUACUCCUUCCCCCUACUACCUUCACCGAUCCACUAGGAAGACGAAUAAUGUAAAUCUUUCAUCGCGGUCGCUCUCUGGCAGUUUCCGAACAGAAAUCAGGAUUUGCCAUCGCUAGUUGUUUAUCAGAAAGUGUUUCUGCAGCAGCACUCAAGAGGAUCAGAGGAAACCGAAGAGGAGGAGGAGAGCAGAGAGAGGGGGAAAGUCCAAAAUGGCGUGGAGGACCCUGGCAGUUUUGUCACUGUUGCUGUAUUUUAGCUCGUCUUGCUGUGAUGAUUCUUUCACAUCUGAUACAGUCAUAAACAAUGUCGUUCAGGACCCUCAAACUGGACGAAUUUACCUGGGUGCCAUUAAUAACAUCUAUCAGCUGAACCAUGACCUGCAGAAGGAGAGCAGUGCUGCAACAGGCCCUAGGCCCGACAACCCACAAUGCACUCCACCAAUCACUGCACAGUGCACUGAUGCAAAGGAAAUGGACAAUAUCAACAAACUCCUACUGGUUAACUCCGCCAACGGCACUUUGAUCGUUUGCGGAAGCCUUUUCAGGGGCAUCUGUUCUUUGGUAAACCUCAACAGCGUGGACAAACAGGUGUACUACAGUGACACUAAAGGGGAGAAGACCUAUGUAGCCAGCACAGAGGAGUCUGUUACCGUAGUGGGAGCAAUUUCUUAUUUUAUAGAUCUUAAUACUAAUGCAAACCUCAGCGUGUUUCUGGUGGGGAAGGGCUAUGGUAGCUCGGACAGUUCAAAACUCAUCAGCACCCGAUUGCUGCAGGAGCAUGGAGAAAUGGAUGUCUUUGAGAACAUGGUUGAUGCUUCCACUGUGCAAGCUAGUCCUUUCGUCCAGCGUUACCUCCACGACUUUCGCCAUGCUUUCAAAGACGGCCGCUACAUCUACUUCUUGUUCUCGCGUACUCUGGGCACCAGCGACAACAGGAAGAUCACAUUUAUAGCACGCCUGUGUGUGGAUGACCAUCAUUAUUAUUCUUACACCGAACUUCAGCUCAACUGCUCUGUCAGCACUGAACAACGGAAGAUCACAUACAACAAGGUCCAAACGGCGUAUCUGGCCAAACCAGGAGAAAUUUUGACUGGGAAAAUACCUUCGAAUCCCGAUGAUAAGGUUCUGUUUGUGGUGUUCAGCACAGAUGAGAGCAGCGACGGUUCUGCCUUGUGCAUGUACCCGCUAAGCAGCAUUAACACCAGACUUGAGGAGGUGAUUGAGUCCUGCUACAUAGGAGAAGUUCUGGGGGACGGUAAACCAAAGACUGUUUAUUCCCCCUACAUCUCCAAGCCCGAGGCCAUCUGCAAGACCAAGAGAAGUAAGGAGAUGGUGAAGAAUUAUACAUGUGGUGCUGAGUUCCUGCCUGCUCCACUAGCCAGUAAACCUGAGUACGCUCUGGCUGUCGAACCCAUCUUCACCCGAAAUGACAUGUUGACAGCAGUGGCUGUGGCGGUGGAGAAUGAGCACACUGUGGCAUUUUUGGGAACCAGCGGAGCAGAUGUCUUAAAGGUGCAUCUUGACCCCAACCACGCUUACCUUUAUAACAGGAUUCCAGGGGAACGCACAGAUGGUGGGGUGAACAAAAACCUUUUUUUUAAUUCAACUUCGGAUAUCUUGUACAUCACCACUGGCAGAAAGAUCACCAAAGUGCCAGUGCAGGCCUGUGAGGAGAAGCAUGAUUGUCAGUCUUGCGUCUCCCAGCGGGAUCCCUAUUGUGGCUGGUGUGUGUUGGAAGGCCGUUGUACUAGGAAAAAGGAUUGUCGAAAUGGACAGAACGCCUGGUUGUGGAGUCCAAAUCAAACAUGUGUAACUAUUCAGUCCUUUGAGCCCCCCAACAUCAGCUGCAAGAAAACCAAGCCUACACAGGUGAUGAUUAACAUCGCCUCCAUGCCCAGUAUCAGCAGUUCUGAUUAUUUGAAACUUACAUGUGAGUUUGAUGUCUACAAAAGUAAGGCAACUAUGGAAGGCACAAGGGUCAUUUGUGAUCUCCCGAUCUCUGAGAACAUACCCCCCACACCCGAGACACAAGAUUUUGUAGCAGUGCCAGUGAAGAUCACAGUAAAUGACGGCAUUGAAGUAGCAUCUAGUGCGUUUGAGUUCUACAACUGCGCAGCCGUUGUGAAGAGAUUUGAGAAUACACCUUGCAUUGCAUGUGUGACCAGUAAGUGGGGCUGCCAAUGGAAUAUUCAGGAUCACACGUGCAGUGAUCGAGAUGACUCUGUCAAGGCUGAUCAUAUCAUCCAACACAUGCAGGAUGACAUGUGUCCUCAGUUUGAGAUCACUGAACUUCUGCUUAUUCCUGUUGGACUUAAAACCCCCAUCGAAUUUCAGGGCAAGAAUUUGGAUAAAUAUUUCGAAAAAUAUUCGGGGGAAAACUUUCAGAUUGGCUCUGAGCUCAUGAAACAGGUUGGCGAGGUGACUAGGGAACCUGAUGGGUCAAAGUACAGAUUUGAGGGAUUUGUGUUUGAAUAUGACAAAGAGCCAGAGGUGAAUGUGACGUUCUACAUAAAGGAUAAAAACACGGGCAGGAAGAUUGACAGCACCCUCAGAGUGGUGCUCUACAACUGUUCGGUUAGACGUGAGGACUGCAGUUUGUGUAAGAACACUGAUCAGAAGUAUAACUGCGUGUGGUGCGACAGCACAAAAUCCUGCAUCUACAAAAACCUGUGCGUUCAGGAGCUAGACCAGUGUCCUCCUCCAAAGAUCACUGACAUUUUUCCUCGGUAUGGGCCAAAGGAGGGACAGAUCUCGGUCACUAUAAAAGGCUCUAACUUGGGCAUCAAGCAGGAGGACAUUAAGAGUAUCACCGUAGCUGGAGUGCCAUGUACUCAUCAGCCGGAGAGAUACUCUGUCAGUACCAGUGUUGUGUGUGAGAUCGGACCUUUCCCCUCACCCCCUCCUACAGACCCCUCGUUCAGCGGAGUAGUGGAAGUGGAGGUGGAAGGAGGGAGAACAGGACAGUCGAAUGUUUCUUUCACUUACAGGGAUCCUGUCCCAAGUGCUGUGUCCCCCUCUAAAGGACCGGCUGCUGGAGGAACUGUCAUCACUAUCACGGGAAAGGACCUAGACACGGCUAGUAUAGAUGACAUCAGCAUUACAGUGGACAAAGUGCCGUGUAAAGUAUUGACAUUUGGCCAGGAGAUCACUUGCAUGACAGGCCCACAUGAAGGCAAGACUCCUUCAAAUAAGUUGACAGUUAUUGUAAAGUAUGGCAAGGUCACUUCAAAAGAAGUCAGCGGAUUCGUAUACUCAACCAAUCCCAAAGUUACUGAUUACGCCCCACGGGCCAGCUUUGUUUGCGGAGGUCGUAAGAUCAUAGUGACGGGAACUGGAUUUGAUCUGGUGCAGAGAGCCACCAUGCGAGUGCUGCCCUCUUCUGACGAGUUCAGUCAGAAGUCUAGCAAUGUGGAGUUUGUUGAAAAAUGUGUCAACAAGAGUGAAAACGUAUUAGAGUUCCUCUCUCCGGCUGUGAACAAGUCAUACAUAAACCAGUCCUUAAGAACGAUCAUCCAGCUGGACAACUUGGUGGAGAACUUGCCGGAGUUCGUUUACCAUCAAGACCCCUCUUUCGAUAAGUUUAAAGAUAAAGCCAUCACGGAAAACAGCAUCAUCAGCAUUAAUGGUAAAGGUUUAAAUAAAGCAAUGACUUUCAAAGAGGCCAAGGCAUUUGUGGGCAAUGUGCCAUGCACGGUGACAUUCCUGGAGGAUGAGAAGCUGUUCCUCGUGGCCCCUUCCAGCCCUCCGAAUUCCACCUCCAGACGCCAGCGCAGAGACACCAGCUCAGAGGCUAUGGAGCUGACGAUCAUUUUCGGAAAAGGAGAGUGGACUGUUGGCACUGUUCACUUUGAGAGGAAAUACGAGCUUCCUCUUUACAUCAUCAUUCCUUUGGUCCUCAUUCCCAUGGUCCUCUUUAUUGCAGUGUCGAUCUAUUGCUACAGGAGGAAAAGCCAGCAGGCUGAACGAGAAUACGAGAAGGUGAAAAAUCAGCUGGCGAAUUUAGAGGAGAGUGUCCGUGAUCGCUGUAAAAAAGAGUUCACAGAUCUUAUGAUAGAGAUGGAGGACCAAACUAGUGAUCUGAAUGAAGCUCGAAUCCCAUUCCUGGACUACAAGAACUACACCAACCGCGUUUUCUUCCUGCCCUCCAAAGAUGGAGCCAAUGAUGUCAUGAUCACUGGCAAGCUGGACAUCCCAGAAAACCGCAGAGCUAUUGUAGACCAGGCACUCAACCAGUUCUCCAAUCUCCUGAACAGCAAAACCUUCCUCAUCAAUUUCAUACGUACCCUGGAGGGCAGGCAGGAGUUCAGUGCCAGGAAUAAGGUUUACUUUGCUUCCUUGUUGACGGUGGCACUACAUGGCAAGCUGGAGUACUACACAGACAUCAUGAGAACUCUUCUGCUGGAGCUGAUGGAGGAAUACAUCCACAGCAAGAACCCUAAACUCAUGCUCCGCAGGUCUGAGACUGUUGUGGAGAGGAUGUUGUGUAACUGGAUGUCCAUAUGUCUCUACCAGUUCCUAAAGGACUCAGCCGGCGAGCCGCUCUAUAAGCUCUUUAAGGCCAUUAAACACCAGGUGGAAAAAGGUCCAGUUGAUGCCAAGAUGAAGAAAGCCAAAUACACGCUGAACGACACCGGACUUCUAGGGGAUGAUGUCGAGUACAGUGUUUUGACCCUGCAGGUGUUGGUUCACGGCGAAGGUCCGGACGUGACCCCUGUCAAAGUCCUGAACUGUGACAGCAUCUCCCAAGUGAAGGAGAAGAUCAUCGAACAGGUGUACAAGAAUCUGCCCUACUCCCAGAGACCCAUGGUGGACAGCGUCGCACUCGAGUGGCGCCCUGGCUCUACAGGCCAGAUCCUGUCCGAUCUGGAUUUGACAUCACAGAAAGAGGGAAGAUGGAAACGAAUCAACACCCUGGCCCAUUACAAUGUGAGGGAUGGAGCCACCCUGGUCUUGUCCCGAGUUCUGCACACCCAGCAGUCUUUUGACCAGAACCAAGACAAUCACGAAGAAAGAAAAUCUUUGCUGGAAGACGAUAAAGUAUUUCACCUGGUGAGACCGGCGGAUGAGUUGGAUGAAGUAAAAUCAAAGAGAGGGAGUAUGAAAGACAAGGCCACGACGAAAGCCAUCACUGAGAUCUACCUGACCAGACUCCUCUCUAUGAAGGGCACGCUGCAGCAGUUUGUGGAUGAUUUCUUCCGCAGUGUGUUGUCUUCCGGGACCGUGGUUCCUCCUGCUGUCAAGUAUUUCUUUGACUUCCUGGAUGAACAAGCACUAAAACAUGACAACGUUGAUGAUGAGACCAUCCACAUUUGGAAGACCAACAGUCUGCCUCUCCGGUUCUGGGUGAACAUUUUGAAAAACCCUCACUUCAUCUUUGACGUACAUGUGACUGAAGUGGUGGACGCCUCUCUGUCCGUCAUCGCCCAGACCUUCAUGGACGCCUGCACCAAGUCUGAGCACAAACUUACCCGGGAGUCUCCCAGCAACAAACUGCUUUAUGCCAAGGAAAUCUCCACUUACAAGAAGAUGGUUGAUGAUUAUUAUAAAGGCAUCCGUCAGAUGGUUCCAGUCAGUGACCAAGACAUGAACACACACCUUGCAGAAGUUUCACGUUCUCAUACAGAUAAGUUGAAUACCCAGGUUGCACUGCACCAGCUUUACCAGUAUGCCAGCAAGUACUACGAUGGGAUCAUCUCAUCGCUGGAGGACGAUCCUGCCGCCCAGAGCAAACAGCUGACCCUCAGACUGCAGCAGAUCGCCGCCGCAUUGGAGAAUAAAGUGACUGACCUUUAGUGCCGAGGAGCCCAGACUCAAGAAGGGAGAUGGAAGUGCUACUAAAUCCAAGACAGAGCUCAAUUUAAUGGGCUCAAAAAUAAGAACAGGCCUUCUGGAGGACUCUGGUUUUUGGAGCCUCUGCUCCAUAAAGUAAAAGAUGAAGCAAGGAGGAACACAGACUAAUUGCAGACCCUUCCUCUCCUAACGGCUUUCGGCUCUGCUCAGAGGGACCAAUAUAAUAUACUCUGACCUGAGGGGAACAUCACAACCGUUGAGGAGAGCGAAAACUCACUAUGGUACUUCUCAGAUCUGCACCUGCACAAUGAAAACCCAGCAUUUAUUUUUGUGUUCUGCUAUGCCAAUAAUCAGAUGUUCAGUAUAUUCUUCCUGUGUAGAUUAAUUAAAAUAGUAUUAUAUGUAAAUAUAUUUUUACACUCGAGGCUGCAAGAGGCUUAAGACAAAAGAGAUGGAUUAAUGUUUCUGUGGAAGCCAUUGUUUUUUUUUUGUGUGUGUGUAUUUUAAGUGCCACUCUCAUUCCUGUGCAGUGCUGAUGUCACAUCCUGUGGGUUCUUUGAUGUCGUUGGCUCACGGUUCAGUUUGUGGUAUCACUAUCGGUUUGUACAGGUGUUUGUGAUGCUGAUGUCCGAGCCAGGGCUUCUUUUGUCCCUCCCGAUUUUUUUUUUUUUUUUAGCUUAUUUAUCAGUGAUUGCGUAUAGUAAUGUCAUCAAGUCCAAUUCUAAUUUAGCCACGGUACAAAAGAGCAGACUAUGAUUUCUGAGCAGUUGUCCACGUCUCAGAAACACAGCGAAAGAGCAUUUGAUCCAUGACACACAGACACUCAGAACAAAGGCCACGGAAGCUUUUAUCUCCCUUUGCUUUGGUGCCUGAUCCACCAGUUGAGUUUUUAUGUUUUGUACCAUCUUUGCUUUUAUGUAUGUGCACUUUGACACAUGGCUUGCCUUAUUUUAUGACAAAGUUAUGAUUUUGUAUUUUAAAUUAACAAUAUUUGAUUUGAUCAAGGAAGUUUGUAUUGCUGGUUGCCUUUCUUAAGAAGUUACAUGAAUGGUAGAGAAUUUUCUUGAAUGUUAUAAUGAAAUACGAACACGAUUUUGCCUUAACAGCAAUAGUUUGGACUGAGAGCGACUCAUUUGCUUAUUAAAUCAUGAUAUCCUAGAAUUUAAAUUUUGUUUAUUGGUACUAUUUUUUUUUUUUUUUUUUUCUUUUUUUUUUUUUUAAUGUUAUAUUUUUAUUUAGAGUUCACCAAAGUUUAAAUAAAUAUUUUGCAGCUGUCCACAACCACCUAAAGCUUCUGUUGUUUUAUAUUUAUCAAAUGAAUAAGUCUAAAGUUUAAUUUAAUUACUGAAAAAGCUAUAAUGGUAAGGCAGCUGAUGGUAAGUCGUCUAAUAUGUAAAUGGUACAGUUUUCCUACCUGUAUGUUCUGACUCAAAUGUGCCAAACACUUCACACUCUUAAUGACAGAAGGGUACUGAGGACAAUAUUGUUUCUUCAUGAACUUCACUAGUGUGACUUGUGUUGCCUUUGGUAGGUGGUGACAAAGUCACACUGCAGCCAAUUAGAGGCUGGCACCGCCCAUUCUGAGCAUGAUGGACAGCAGGAAAUGCCUUUGAACUGUAAAUAUAGACCAACUGCCAACAUUUCAUAUUCUUCUCUACUUUUUCUCGCUCUUCCUGCCAGUUCUUCUGUGUUGUCUAGCUAUGACCUUGUCAGUGGCUUAUUGUAAAACUUCUUUUUUGCCUUUCCUUACCAGGUAGUGCCUUAAAAAUAUGAGUAAUAAUGAUCAAUUGUGUGGUGAUUGUAUCUGCAUUAAAAUUGCAAUAGGGUCCUUA